UCAAUCCGUUCUUUUGUUCAAUGACAUAGUUUUGUUUGACAGCUAGUUCGUCGUAUUUGUUUCGAUACUACCCAACGAAAAGUACCUUUGUUUUGUGCAAAUACACAUUGAAUCCCAUGCAGGAUUGAAAUUAGCAAUGACGCUGGGUCAAUUUGAGAACGUAGGAGCCUUUAUACGCAGGUGCAAUGGGGCUACGUUGCGCUACGACCAAGCAUGUCUGGAAAUCAUUACAACGGAGCCAAUAAGCUUUAUGAGCCAGUAUGAAGAAUGCCAGGGCUGUGUGUUACUGCCGACUGAGCCCCUCGCAAACUCUUCGUCUUACUUGUUAAAGACCUUAAGUCCCGUGCACUACACUAUCGAGAAUGGACGUGGCCAGAUAUGCAAUGGCUCCUACCAGUUUCUCGAGUUUGGGCAGUACAGCAUCAAUCUCACCGAUGUGACCAAGCAGCAAUGCCAGCCCCGGAUGACAGCGGAGCCGGAUGCAGCCUCGCUGCCAAUCCUCACCGCUGUACUAAUCCUGCUGUCCAUGGCCACGCUGUGGUAUGUCGUCAAGGGCAUCGGCAAGAGGAUCAUCGCUGGGAGACUGUAUGCCAGAUACUUUGCUAGGGAAGACAACGAGUUGGGCUCCGAAACGCGCGUUCUGACUACAGAAGCGAGCGUGCCCCGCUCUCCUACUCGCUCGCGUUUGCGUUCGCUUGACAUCUUCCGCGGCGCUUCUAUCGCUCUGAUGAUCUUCGUGAACGCUGGCGGCGGUGGUUACGCCAUCUUCUCGCACUCGGUGUGGAAUGGUUUGACGGUGGCUGAUGUCGUGUUCCCCUGGUUCGCUUUCGCCAUGGGGCAGGCGUUGGUGCUGUCCUUGAAUGCGAGGCUGAGGACUUCUCUGCCCAGGAUCACAGCCCUGCAGCAGGUGGCCCUCCGAUCCCUUUUAAUGGGCAUGGCGGGCGUGGUGCUCGGGUCCGUGAGCACGUCGUGGGCCGGGGCGCGGCUGCCGGGCGUGCUGCAGCGCCUCGCCGCCAUGUACCUCCUCGUGGGGGCUCUGGAGUGCGCUUUCAUGAGGACCAGCCAGAAUAUUACACCUGGACGUUCUCUGUUCCGCGACAUCGCGGCCGGCUGGCAGCAGUGGCUCGCUACUCUCUUGCUAGUAGCAGUGCAGAUCUGCGUGACGCUGACGGUGGCGGCGCCGGGCUGCCCGCGCGGCUACGCCGGGCCCGGCGGCCUGCACCGCUCCGCCGAGGGCAGGGACCUCGCCAACUGCACCGGCGGCAUCGCCGGCCACAUCGACCGAAUGGUGUUCGGCGAAGCCCACCUCUACAAAUACGGUACCUUCCACGACAUAUACCGCACCACCGUGCGCCACGACCCCGAGGGGCUGCUGGGCAUCCUGUCCGGGCUGCUCGUGGUCCAAGCCGGAGCCCACGCCACCAGGAUCAUGCUGGCUUACAACCAUGCCAGGGCCCGCAUAAUGCGCUGGGUAUUCUGGUCCCUAGUCUUCGGAGUUACCGGUGGCGCCCUCUGCAUGUUCUCCAAAAACGACGGCCCGAUUCCUAUCAACAAGAACCUAUGGAGCGUCUCCUUCUGUCUGGUGACGGCUGCUAUGGGGUUCAUGGCGCAGGCCGUUCUCUAUUACGUCGUGGAUCUGAAGAUGAAGUGGGGCGGCCGUCCGUUGUAUUACGCCGGUCAAAACGCGCUGUUCCUCUACCUAGGCUCCGAGUUACUGAAGAAGCACUUCCCGCUCCACAUCCACGUGGCCGCCGCCACGCACGCCCAGCUGCUGGCCGCGCACGCCUUCGCCACGCUCGUGUGGAUCGCCGUCGCUAUAGCGCUGCACAGGAAGAGGAUCUUUAUCACGCUCUAAUAAGGUUCGGAUUGGCAAUGUUGGUUGGUUUUCAGUUUUAUUAUAGGGGAAUCAUUUGUGGCUCAUGGAAAGUUGUUUAUAUUGCGUUUACCCUUUGAACGCUACGCCUGUCGUGCGCGGCGCGUCGUUUGACGUAUUUGGCGCGCAAAGGGUUAAUAAGGUUGGAAGUUGAUAAAAAAAAAAAUACCGGCCAUGUUUACUUUUUUUUUGAUAAAUACUUUAGUUAUAAAAUGAAAUGUUUUUGUAUAAAAUUGCAAAAAGCCAAUGAAAAUAUUGAUUAUACUGAAAACUAUCUUUUUAAGUAAACAUCCCAAUAUUUGACACCCCAAUUCCAAUGACGACCAAUUUUAUACCCUGAAGGUGCCAACAACUGGGACAGUCGGUCGAACAUUGGGACAUUAUUGAGAGGUUAAAAUUACCAAGCUAAGUCAUUUUGAAUCUUAAUAGUCAUAAAACGCCUCUAGUGGAUUUUCUCACAAAAUAGACUGGGUAUAUUAGAUAUCCCUUGCACAUGAAAUUAAUCUUUAGUUAACUGUAAUAAAAUGCUUUAUUACUUGUACUGAAACUGGUAAAUACAAAGAUUUGGGUUACCGGACGGUCAAAUGUUAGUUUAAGGGCGUCCGCUAGAUGGUGCGGGUGCACAGAGCGCACGCACGCAUGCCGAUGCAAUUGUAGGUAAAAUCCAACUAGACUAUUUUUCAUUAAGACGAAAGUGCGCGAAAUAUCCUUUCCUUACAAGCAGUCCUCAUUUUGCUCUUUGGACAUAAACAUUAUUGAAAAUAUUUUGACACAAUUUUUUGUAUAUCGAUCGCAGCUGUGAUAUAUAUAUAUAUAAUUUGAAAAAAAAUCUAUCGAAGGGGGUUAGAUAUUUUUCAAAUUUUUAAUUAUUAUUAGAGUUGGAAGCAUUUAAAAAUAAAAAUUAGUAUGAAACCUGUUUUUCGUUCCUAAUUUUUACAAUAAUAAAAAGUAAAACAAGGAGCAUAGCUAUGGUUAAUAUACAUCAAAUUAUGUAAAAAUAUUUUCCAUAAUGUCAAUAUUCAAAAAGGAAAAUUGGGACUACGUUUGUAUGGAGAAACGACCGUCCCCUUUCGUCCGCUCCGUGCAACCGCGCUAACUAGCGGACGACCUUAUUUAAGGACAUGUUGCAUAUAUGGACGUUACUAUUAUGAGUAUCCAAUUAUUGACCGUUUAUACCGACAGAAACCCAGGCACAGAAACCGAGCCGGCGCCAUAUUGUAUCCGUGAGGCUUUUUGGCGGUGGGGUGUGAAUUUAUAAAUACCCAUAUGUGCAACUGGAUGUAUAACUGAAAUAUAAAAGCGUACUAACCUAUAUAACCAUAUCAAUCUAUGAAUUAUAUUGACUUAGUGUUUAUAAUUUUGAUUUGCAUCUUUUCACCAAAUAAUGUAUUUUAGAAAAUAUGAAAUUUGUGAUAUUGAUAUGUAACUCGAUUAUUAUUAAAUUUAUCAAUUAUUGUUACUGUAAAAAUGCUAAAAUGAUCUUCUAAAUCGUAUACAUAUAAACGAGCAAUUCUUGUAUAUGUUUAUAUAUUUCGGGGAUUUCGGAAACGACUUUAACGAUUUGGAUGAAAUAUGUUAUAUGGGGGGUUUCCCAGGACAAAAAAUCGAUCUAGUUAGGUCUUAUAAACUCGCAUUAUUGAGUUUUUAUAUGUCGGUCGAUAUUAUACAUAUAUUAUACAUUAAAGUGCUUAGAUAAAUAAACACAUUUUUUAAACUGCAUUUGCAUUUAAAACUUAUCCAGUGACCGAUAUUUUUUUAACUUUCAUAGAAUGCUUGCGCUUAUAAUUGAAUAAAGCAUGCAAAGCAUGUAAAUGCAUGCUGCAAGCAUGUAAAAAAUUUGAUGUUUUUUUAUAAGUACUUAUAAAUGAUUCGGCCAAGUUAUGUUCUAAUGCAUGGGAAAGACAAACAAAUUAUAUCCAGCUUGAAACGAAUGUAGUAUGAUACCUUUGGGUAUGGUGCUUUACGCACUAGCGCCCCCCCCCCCCCUACCUGACGCAACCCCCCUUUUAGCAUGAAAUAUGUCCAGGUUGACAGUAUAUUUUAAUUUUUGCGAAAAGUAUUAGUUAGGAAAAAAAGUGUCUAUUUAAGAAAUAAUCCUUAAUAAAUUCUUAACAAAUAAGGUUAUAUAAUUUUUUUGAUAUGAUGCACCAUUUUUAUGUUAUGCUGCUAGAUGAACUUCGACAAAAUUUAGCCGUUGAACAGGCUGGUUCUCCCUAUACGAUUUCUUUCAGUACUAUGUUAUAUUCUAGUUCAUCUGGCUGUAACAUGAAAAUGAUACAUGUUACAGCUAAUACAUAACAUUUCCAAAAAAACAUAAUUUGACCGAAUCAAAAGAACAUAAAGGAAUUUGGCCUCCAGUAGAAUUGAGAUUAAAAAAGCGCUAGGAAACAUUCGUUGACUUUAUUAGAUGCCUUGACUUACGAAUGCCGUUCUAAGCAAAAAAUUUGAUUUGAUAUGAAAUAUAAUUUUGAAAGCAGAUGUAUGAAAAUAUGUUUAUACUUAACAAAACAUUACUUAUUUAGUUUGAAAUAAAAGUAACACUAUAGUGAUUUGGAAAAUAAAAUUUGAACCUUUAUAUACGCGUGUGUAUUGUCAAAGAGCACUGAUUGUAAUAGAGAGGUAAAGUCUAAGAAAAAAAUGUGCUCCUUAUUUUGACACCCAAAACAGAUGGCGAUGUUUGCGGUCACUGAAUUGUCAAAUGUCAACUCUUGACAAUCAGAGUUACCCCAAAAUAUAUGGAGAAUGCAUGUCAAAUUCGAAGCACGAUAUUGUCUUAGAUUUUACGCAUCUUAAUCAAUUUAUCUUUGAUAUUGUCUAGACACUCUUAGACAUUAAUAAUUUGCUUAUUGAUCCCGAAACUACUACACGUAUCCAUGAAACGAGUAAAAAUUUUUUUUCCAUAAACACAUACUCAAAAUACGCGUACGCCCCCUCCCCUCACCCCCUUAUUCGUCAAUCGGGCAAUAAAAACCUCUCAUAGCGGUCUGUGUUACGCAGAGAUAGCAUCAAAUGUAUGAUGGCAACCAACGUGGCCAAAUAUAAUAGUGGCUAUUCGGGCAGCAGCGGAUUUUCCUGGGGUCCGGAUUAGCGAGUUUCUACUGUGUUUCGGAAAUAUCGUAGUCAAAGAAAAUUAAAAAUAGAGGUGGAUUGUCAAACAAUACUUUGUAGCCACAGUAAAUGUCUGGCAUCCUUCGACCCAUGAUUAAAACUUUUAGAACGCCAUUUGACUUUGAUCCUUAUUCUUUCACUGAUAUGUGUUACAUUUGUUAAAUAUCAAACAAGAGGGCCAUCUUACCGAGCAUCGGCUAAAGGUUGUGGCGCCAUUGCUCAAAACCGUGUCGCCAUACCUUUGGCCUUUGAUCUAUUAGAUAGCGCCACUUUUUGAUAUUUAACACACAUCAGUGAAAGUAUAAGGAUCAAAGUCAAAUGGCGUUCUAAAAGUUUUAAUCAUGUGUUGAAAGAUGGCAGUAAAUUUACUGUGGCUACAAAGUUUUCUUUGACAAUCCACCUCUAUUUCAAAUUCUCUUUGAUCGUAAUACACCUUUGAUACUAACAUAAACAUAAUUUAUUUAUAAACACAUAUUCUAUGGUUACAUUCAUAAAAAACAAAGAUUAAAAAAAUAGCGAUGGUUUACAUGUGCCUGAACUGUGAUUCCCUGUGUUUCAGGCGAGAAAUAUGGCAAACAUUGUUUAUGAAAAUUAAUUUUCAUUUAUAAAAUAUACUGUUUUGUUACAAGUGAAUUCUCAAGUAUAUCAGCAGCUUUAGAAAUAAGGAUAUAUUCUGGUAUAUUUGGCUACUUUGGCCGCCACUGUCUUUUUGAUACUUUCACAGUUGGCGAUAUAAGUUAACCAUUCGUAAGCCUUAUUACCAUGUCAUAAGGUAUACUACUGGGUAAAUAUUUCGCGGGUUCGUUUGUAUUAUUUGGGCAUUUUUCAAUCCGCUCACAUUGCUCGCAUGUGUGCGUAGCAUACGCCGCAGUGGAUUAUAAUAGAUAGAACAUCACGCAUGAUGCAAAGAAAAAUUGAAAUAGAGGUGGUUUGUAGCCACAGUAAAUUUACUGCCAUCUUUCGACACAUCAUUACAAUUUUUAGACCGCCAUUUGACUUUGAUCCUUAUUCUUACACUGAUAUGUGUUAAAUAUCAAAAAGUGGCGCCAUCUUACCGGGCAUCGGCUAAAGGUUGUGUCGGGAUAGCUCGAAACGAUGCCGCCUUACUUUUGGCCUUUGAUCUAUUAGACGGCGCCACUUUUCAGUUUCAUUUAACACAUAUCAGUGAAAGAAUAAGGAUCAAAGUCAAAUGGCGUUUUAAAAAUUGUAAUUAUGUGUCAAAAGAUGGCAGUACUGUGGUUACAAAGUUUUCUUUGACAAUCCACCCCUAUUUCAAAUUCUCUUUGAUAGUAGGUAACGUGAAAUUGGGUAACUUAGAAUACGAGAUGAUUUCGGAAAUACAACUCACAAUUUGACUUAAUCAUAAAGAAGUGGUCAUGCACGUAUAUUUCAUCAAUUAUCGCACUUUGGCAAUAGAUACCCACUUACCUUAGAACGUAUUGGUAAACGUUGCUUGUGUACAUAAGUAGUGCUUCUUAGUUGAGUAUAUAUUUUCGAAAUUAACCCAUGCACCACGUCGUCGGGGUCACAUAAGUUACAUAAAAAUUGCUCAUAUUUAGGAUAGCGGUCCCUAUCUAGUGAUAACACAAUUUAUUUCAUGUAAUAUGUAUAGAGAAAGUUAAAUGUAAUUAUAUCCUCCAAUUAAUGUGGUUAUCAGGUCUCACCGCCCAUGACCACUAUAAUUGUAAGGUACAGUCGCCAUCAGAUAUAUAAGCGGCCUAGAUGCUCACAAAUAUAUCAACACUGUUUAGAUAUUUUUAUGCGCCUCAGCCGCUCCGAUAUAUCUGAUGGCGACUGUAAGGUUAUAAGGUUUAUUUUCGUUAUUUGCUUGGCGUUUAUAAUGGAUUACUAAUUUUGCGCCAACGUAUUGGUGAAAGACAAGAUAUAUGAUCCUAUGUUUAUGUAUAGUUUUUUCAUGUUAUUUUUUAUACGUCUAAUAUAAAAAUAGGUAUGUCCGCUUAGAUAUUAACUAAAAAGCAAAUAAAACUUAUAGAUUCAGAUAUAUAAAUGUGAUAUUUGCUAAUGAUUCGGUCAAAUUAUGUUUUUAGAAAAACAGAUUAUAUCCAAAUUGAAACUAAUGCAAUAUGAUACCUUUGGGUGUAGUAAUAUAACCACACUGGCAUCCCGUCUGCUUCCCCCCUGACGCAACCCCCCUUUUAGCAUGAAAUAUAUCCCAGUUGACAGUUUUUUUUUAUUUUUUGGGUAAAGUGUACAUUUUAGGAAUAAAGUGUCAAUGAAAUAAAUAAUCCUUAUUAAAUUCUUAACGAAAAGCUAUUUUUUUAUAUGAUGCACCAUUUUCAUUUCAUACCUAGAGGCUAGAUGAAGUUCAAUAAAAUUUAGCCUUUGCACAAGCUGGUUCUCCCUAUACAAUAUCUUUCAGUACUAUUUUAUAUUGAACUUCAACAAGUUAAUACAUGAAUAUAGUGAAUCUUACCAAAAAAUGCAUAUAUUAAAUAGAAUAGAAUAGAAAAACGUUUAUUGCAAAACCAUCUGCAAACAUCACCACAUUAGAAAACAAAAAAAAGUAAGAAAGAAGAUCUAAUACACUAAACAGUUAUAACUACUUGUAACUUAUACUAACAUUUUAACAUGCCCAGGGCAAGAAGAUAGCUCAGAACAGUAAAGGCAGCGUCACACAGUGAUUUAGCAAGUAUUUUCAGGAUAUUCAGGACUAUUUAUUACUUUGACACUGUUUUCGUAACUCUAAUACUUUUUUCAAAAAUGAAUAACCGUCAACCGAAACAUAUUUCAUGCUAGAAGAGGGGUUGCGUCGGGGGGGGGGGGGGGGUAAUUACGUACGCUAGAUGUAAUUUGUUUGUCAUCCCCAUACAUUUGAACAUAACUUGACCGAAUCAUAAAUGAGGCAUUAUCUAUGAAAAGAGACCUUAUUGUCGAUGGCGCUUACGUCGCACUGCGUCGCGCAGCGUUGUAUUUGUAUCGGAGCAUCGUUUAUGACGGCGGAAGCGCCAUCGACAAUAAGGUCCCUUUUCAUAGAUAACGUCACAAAUGAAAGUCACAUGAUCUAUACAUAUAGUUGAAAAUCUAAGCGAACACACUAGUUUUGGACAAAAUAAUGUUUAUUUUCUUUUAUUUUUCAAUUAGAUAAUGUUAAAGAUUGAGUUAACAUUAAUCUUAGAACUUACACAUUGUAAUUGUAAUAAAAUGUUUAUUUUCCAUUUACUUUCAAUAAAUGAUUUAAUUUGUA